CCCGUGGAAGCGGCUCUUCUCGCGCCCAUAUAAACCUGCCGCAGCGGUUGACGGCCAUCAAUAGCUACCUUCACCGCUCAGCUCUCGGAUCAACCGAAAUCGCUAGGCUAAGGAAGCUUGCUCCCUGCUGCCAUAACGCAGAGCUAUCUGUUUCCAGCUGCAAACUUUUGUUUAGAGUGCUAUAAAUCUUCAAGGGAAGGAUGUCGCCUCGCAUCGUGGACUCAAGUCAGAAAAGGAAAUCCGGUAAGAUGACGCCACGGACCUCAGUGAAAGGACGCAGCCCUAGGAGUCGACCCCGAAUAUGUUCCUGUAGAAGAGGCCUGUUCUCGGUACCCUUGCAUGACAAGUCGUCAAUGGAGGUGUGUACUAAACUGUUCCUAGCUGUGGACCUAGGUGACGUACAGAGGGUCAAAGAUCUUAUACAGCACAUCGGACCUUCAGUGAGGAAACCUGACACCGGUUUCACACUGCUACAUGCAGCAGCUUUAAGAAACCGGGUGGACGUAGCAGAAUUUCUGCUCGAGCUCAUUAGUCCCAAUGUGGUCAGCACGCAAAACCAAACUCCUGCUCACCUGGCUGCGCAAGGAGGCCACUUAGAGGUUUUGAAGAUCCUGUUGGCUGAUGAAGAAUCAAAUCCUAAUUUAAAGGAUGGCCAGUCCAAAACAUACAGAGAUCUGAUUGCAGAUCCAUUCCUCCGGGCAAUUUUGUACAAAAAUACAAAGCGAAUCGGUGAGCUUCUUGCCUUGGGUGCUAACCCGGAUGGACACGUGGACGGUGUCCUUAGCAGAGAACUGGGCAUCACAACACCACGCCAGUUAGCUAUGUCGCUAAAUCACGAGUCAGUACUGACGCUGUUACCCAAGAGUCAAAAAGGUGACUUGAAUGCUGUUCAGAGUGAUGGGCAGAAUCCACCAAUGCGCGUAAAAGGAUACACAAUAGGAGAGGACCAAACUCUUGGGCCCCUUAGGAUCAAGGUGAAAGCCAGGACUAGUGGUAUAGUCGAAAAUGAUGUAUACCCAAUGAACUCAGAAUCCAGAGGGUAUGUCUGCAUCCUGAGUUUUGGGUCAUUCGAGAGGAGGCCUGAUCUGAAGUUGGAAGCCUCAGAGGAUGACGCCAGCAACCUGGCCAACGUGUUUAACCAGAUGGGCUAUUCCGGAGAAGUUCACCACUCGUUGACCUCAAAUGAAACCAAAGAGACCUUAACAAGAAUAAGGGAAAUUAAAGAGCUGUGGGAUGCUGAUAGUGCCACUUUCAUCAUCUCUAGCCACGCCACCAGCGACAACGAUGCUUUCCUUGCAUCAGAUAUGCAACAGUUAUCUACUGAAUGGUUACUAGGUUUUUUCAGUGAUGCCAAAUGUCCUCAGCUAAAGAACAAGCCUAAGCUCUUCAUCUUUGAUCUCUGCAGAGGCUACUAUACUGACAGCUGUGCCAGUGUUCCUAGAUCUUUUAGACCUAAGAGAGUGAACGAACCUCAGCGAGAUAUGGUCUGCAUUUACUCCAGCAAUACUGGAUUUACGUCUUAUAACUUCUCAAAGGAUGGAUCCAGCUUCCCUACAGCCUUAUGUCAUACAUUGGCAAAACACGCUCACGAUAUGGAACUCAAUGAUUGUUUCAGAGAGCUGGUUGUAGAAUGUAGAAAAACAUCACCCUUGUUACCUCUGAUGAAAAACAUUGGCUUCGCAAAAAAGUUUUAUUUUCACUAAAUAGUCUUGUCAUGAUUCAUGAAAGAAAUUUUCAAUGGAGAUGUAUGAUAUUGAACUUUGUAAAUCUUACACUCUUCUCUUAAAAAAACAUUCCUAACGCUUAGUACCGCCUGUACGAAGACCAUGAAUGUCAAAAAUUUAUAUGUAGACUAUAAAUGCAAAUAAAUAUACA